UUUCUUCUCCAUCACUUGUGUUGUUGUGUAAUGAUAGAUCUUCCUGCGAAGAAACUUAGUGAACUAGAUACUACGAUGGGUGCUAACGAAACGAAUGUGGAGAGCAAAGAGUACCGUCUCUCUCGAGAAGUGAAGGAAGCUCUACAAGCUAUAGCGUCUGAGUGGGAAGACGUGAUCGAUUCCAAGGCGCUGCAAGUGAUUCCUCUGAAAGGUGCGAUGACCAACGAGGUGUUUCAGAUCAAGUGGCCCACUAGGGAAAGUGGGCCUUCUCGUAAGGUUCUCGUUAGGAUUUACGGUGAAGGCGUUGGGAUUUUCUUUGACCGUGAGGAUGAGAUCAGGACGUUUGAGUUCAUGUCGAAGCAUGGUCAUGGGCCUUUGUUGUUGGCUCGGUUUGGUAAUGGUCGUAUCGAAGAGUUUCUCCAUGCACGGACACUAUCUGCUUCUGAUUUGCGUGAUCCUGUGAUAUCUGGUCGGAUAGCGACUAGGAUGAAGGAGUUUCACGGUCUUGACAUGCCUGGUGUGAAGAAGGCUUUGCUUUGGGACAGGCUACGAAAAUGGCUGGUUGCAUGCAAGAGACUGGCUUCACCUGAAGAAGCCAAGUCAUUUCGUCUCGAUGUUAUGGAGAUGGAAAUUACUUUGCUUGAGAAGUCUCUGUUUAAGAGUGAUGAAAAGAUUGGGUUUUGCCACAAUGAUUUGCAGUAUGGGAACAUAAUGAUGGAUGAGGAAACCAAAGCAAUAACCAUCAUUGAUUAUGAAUAUUCUUGCUACAAUCCAGUGGCUUAUGACAUUGCCAAUCACUUCUGCGAGAUGGCUGCUGAUUACCACACUGACACACCUCACAUCAUGGAUUACAGUAAAUACCCUGGUGUGGAGGAGCGUAAACGAUUUGUGAAAACAUAUAUGAGUCCUUCAGGUGAAGUAGAGCCCAGUGAUACAAUGGUCAAAAAACUCCUUGAAGAUGUUGAGAAAUAUACACUUGCUAGUCAUCUAACUUGGGGUUUAUGGGGAAUCAUAUCGGAACAUGUGAAUGAAAUCGACUUCGACUACAUGGAGUACGCAAGACAAAGGCUUAACCAGUAUUGGUUAACAAAGCAGAGGCUCAUUGGUAAUCCUUGAGGGCUUCAAAAAUUAGUAAACUUCUAUGGACGCAAUUCAAGGAGAGCAGUAAUGGUGGUAAAGAGGUAUACAUAAUACAACGAUAUCUACCAGCUUAGAACAAUAAAAAAAAUGUAACGUUCUGUUUCAUUUUCUUAUAAGAAGUUAAGUGUAAGGCUGAGUACAAUUUGAUUAGUUUCAGAUGAAAUUUUCUCAUCUGGUAUGCAAUUAAAAAUAAAACACAAAGCUGUUUACAUA